UGUGUUUUGAUAUAUUACGAAGUUAUUAACCAAAUAAAUAAUAAAUCCAAAAUAUAAUUACAUUUUUGUGUUAAUUUCGUUUUAUUUCUAAUAUAGUUGGUAGACCACUUCGACUGUAAUCCAUAAACAGUAUUUUUUUUUAAUUUAAAUUACUUCUAAAAAAGUUUUAAACAAAACAAUAAAGAAAAAAACUUCAAUCCAACUAAAGUAACUAAAUCCAAAAUUCAGUAAAUUUUUGAUGAAUUGUUAGACUUUUUUUGUUCUCUUAACAAGUACAAGAAGCUUUCGCAAAAUAAAAAAUAAAAAUAAAGUAAAUCUGUUAAAGUUAAAAUUGCAUUUAAUACUUAAAUUGGAACACUUUGAUUUACAUGAAAAUAGUAGCAGCAACUUUAGUAUAAGUGAAACUAUACAAGCACUUGUUAAAAACAAACAAACAAAAAAACCCCAAACAAUGACAAUGCCAAACUCAACAACAUAUCUGCAGCAGCAAUACGACCAACAUCUAAAUCCGAAACAAUCAUUUCGAAUAUUGCAUUUUAUACGCCCUCAACAGCAAAAGUUUAAAUUUAAACAAUGGCAACUGCUGCAGCAACAUCAAUGGCUUGUUGUGUCAGUUGUUAUGUUGGCACUUUUUACGGUUGCUAUAGAGGGGAUUACUGAGGAAUUGUCACCAGAUCAUGUUCGAGAAUUCAGUUGUGGCAAACUGUACUAUCGGACUUUUCAUUUGGAUGAGGAAAGAGACUCUUUAUAUGUUGGUUCGAUGGACCGCAUAUUUCGCUUAAGCUUAAAAAAUAUAUCCUCAUCAACAUGUGACCGCGAUGUUAUUAACUUGGAACCAACUAGAGAUGAUGUUGUAAGCUGCGUAUCAAAGGGCAAAAGUCAGGUUUUCGAUUGUAAAAAUCACAUACGUGUCAUACAAAGGAUGCAAGGCAACAGACUUUAUGUGUGUGGUACAAAUGCUCACAAUCCCAAGGACUAUGUAAUUUAUUCAAACUUAACCCAUUUGCCUCGCUCUGAGUAUGUGAUGGGUAUUGGUUUGGGUAUUGCGAAGUGUCCUUAUGAUCCACUAGACAACUCCACAGCCAUUUAUGUAGAAGAAGGUAACCCCGGUGGUUUACCCGGUUUGUAUUCCGGUACAAAUGCUGAAUUUACUAAAGCAGAUACUGUCAUCUUUCGUACGGAUUUGUAUAAUGUAACAGCUAAACGUUUGGAGUAUAAAUUCAAGCGUACUCUUAAAUAUGAUUCCAAAUGGUUGGACAAACCAAACUUUGUGGGCGCUUUUGAUAUUGGCGAAUAUGUUUAUUUCUUUUUCCGUGAAACUGCCGUAGAAUAUAUCAAUUGUGGCAAGGCAGUGUACUCACGUAUUGCUCGUGUCUGUAAAAAGGAUGUGGGUGGUAAAAAUCUUUUGGCUCACAAUUGGGCCACCUACUUGAAGGCUCGUUUGAAUUGUAGUAUUUCGGGUGAAUUUCCAUUUUACUUCAAUGAAAUACAAUCAGUUUAUCAAUUGCCCACGGAUAAGACACGUUUCUAUGCUACAUUCACCACUAGUACGAAUGGUUUAAUUGGUUCGGCUGUUUGCAGUUUUCACAUCAAUGAGGCUUUGGCCGCUUUUAAUGGCAAAUUUAAAGAACAAUCUUCUUCCAAUUCUGCCUGGUUGCCUGUAUUAAAUUCUCGUGUUCCUGAUCCUCGACCUGGUACUUGUGUUAAUGAUACUUCCAAUUUACCCGAUACCGUUUUGAAUUUUAUACGUUCUCAUCCUCUUAUGGAUCGUGCCGUCAAUCAUGAACACAAUAAUCCUGUUUACUAUAAAAGAGAUUUAGUUUUUACCAAAUUGGUGGUUGAUAAGUGAGUAAAUUUUUGUUAU